AUUUCCCCUCCCUCAUCUCCCCAUCUCCGACGCUUCCCUCCUCCCCCAUCCCGGCCAUGGCGACCCCCGACGAACGCCCCUCCUCCUCCUCCUCCGCCGCCUCCGCCGUCGCCAUCCGCCAGGUCUGGGCCUGGAACCUCGACGCCGAGUUCGGCCUCAUCCGCGACCUCAUCGACCGCUACCCCUUCGUCUCCAUGGACACCGAGUUCCCCGGCCUCGUCUUCCGCCGCGGCGCCGGCGCCGGCACCCGCCCCUCCCCUCCGAACUACCGCCUCCUCAAGUCCAACGUCGACGCCCUCUCCCUCAUCCAGGUCGGCCUCACCCUCUCCGACGCCCGCGGCGGCCUCCCCGGGUUCAUCUGGGAGUUCAACUUCCGGGAGUUCGACGCCGCCCGCGACCCCCACGCGCCCGACUCCAUCGAGCUCCUCCGCCGCCAGGGCGUCGACUUCGACCGCAACCGCGCCGAGGGGAUCGACUCCGCCCGCUUCGCUGAGCUGGUGAUGUCGUCCGGCCUCGUCUGCAACGACGCCGUCAGCUGGGUCACGUUCCACAGCGCCUACGACUUCGGGUACCUGGUCAAGGCCCUCACCCGCCGCGAGCUCCCCGGCGACCUCCCGGAGUUCCUCGCCGUCGUGCGGGUGUUCUUCGGGGACCGGGUGUACGACGUGAAGCACCUCAUGCGGUUCUGCCACAGCCUGCACGGCGGGCUGGACCGGGUCGCCGCCGCCCUGGAGCUGGACCGGGCGGUCGGCAAGUGCCACCAGGCCGGUUCCGACAGCUUGCUGACGUGGCAAGCGUUCAGGAAGAUUAGGGACGUCUACUUCGCCAACGACGACGGGCCGGAGAAGCACGCCGGCGUGUUGUACGGCCUAGAGGUCUAUUAGGAUCAAUCCCCAAAAUUCAAUUCAUUCUUUUGUACCGUACCAAAUUUGUGGGUACAUUUUGUGAAUAUUGUUCGGUAUCUUAUUCACUGGUGUACUCAAAUUUGCACCUUGAAUCAAAUCAAGAUUGAAAUCUAUCAGCUGAUCGACUCCAUCAAAAUCAAUCAAAAUACCAAAAGCAUACAUUUAUCGAA